UUGGUUUGAUUUCAUUUUCAAGUAAAACCAAGACAAAAACAAGAUCUACUGUCUACAUAUAUGGUGCAGAAAAGAAAGAUACACACUUGAAAAGAAGAGAGAAAUGGAGAAGAGCGGUGAUGGAUUUGUGAGAGCUGAUCAGAUAGAUUUGAAGAGUCUGGAUGAAUUGGAGAGACAUCUCAACAGGGCAUGGACUAUGGAGAAGAACAAGAAAACCACUCAAGAAAACAACACCACCGUCGCCACCACUGCAGCCACCAGAAAGAAAAGGUUCGACUGGGAAAUUGAACCCUCCAAGCUGAUCAUCAAGGGUGUCAUUGCUCGUGGCACUUUUGGGACAGUACACCGUGGCAUUUACGACGGCCAGGAUGUUGCUGUUAAACUGCUGGACUGGGGGGAAGAGGGCCACAGGACAGAUGCUGAAGUCGCGUCUCUAAGGGCUGCUUUUACUCAAGAAGUCGCAGUGUGGCAUAAACUCGAUCAUCCUAAUGUUACCAAGUUUAUUGGUGCAACAGUAGGCUCUUCAGACCUUAAUCUUCAAACGGAAAAUGGUCACAUAGGCAUGCCUAGUAACAUCUGUUGUGUUAUUGUGGAAUAUCUUCCGGGUGGAGCCUUGAAAUCUUACCUCAUAAAGAACCGUAGAAAGAAGCUAGCAUUCAAAGUCGUCGUUCAGAUGGCACUUGAUCUUGCCAGAGGGUUAAGUUACCUUCACUCUGAGAAGAUCGUUCACAGAGACGUUAAGACAGAAAAUAUGCUUUUGGACAAGACACGCACGCUGAAAAUUGCAGAUUUUGGAGUUGCUCGUGUUGAAGCCUCGAAUCCGAAUGACAUGACAGGGGAGACGGGGACCCUUGGCUACAUGGCUCCUGAGGUUCUUAAUGGCAACCCCUAUAAUAGGAAAUGUGACGUUUACAGUUUUGGCAUCUGUUUAUGGGAGAUAUACUGCUGCGACAUGCCACAUCCCGAUCUUAGUUUCUCAGAGGUGACUUCGGCUGUUGUUCGCCAGAAUUUGAGGCCAGACAUACCAAGAUGUUGCCCGAAUUCCUUCGCAAAUGUGAUGAAGCGAUGUUGGGAUGCCAACCCCGAUAAGAGACCGGAAAUGGAUGAGGUUGUUUCCUUGUUAGAGGCCAUUGACACAUCAAAAGGAGGAGGAAUGAUCCCAGUUGAUCAGCAACAGGGAUGUUUUUGUUUCCGGAAAUCUCGUGGUCCUUGAAAUAACUUGAUCUUGUUCACACCUAGGUUUCUUUUUUCCUAGAUUCUAAACAAAAUCUUAUAUAUGGAAAGAGAAAACUGGAGUAUUUAAACCAGAAAAAGGAUUCAGGCUGACAAGAUGUGCCUUUUGAUCUAUUUCAUUCACCUUAUGCUCUUGUUUGUUCUCA